AUGGACGACAGCAAGGACUCUUCACUCGCUGCGCAGCUCUACGCUGCAGCAAAGGAGGGAGAGGUGGCGCGAGUGAAGGAGCUCAUGGCAGCGGGGGCCGGUCCGGACCAGCCCGUGACCACUGCGGGCGGUCGCGAGACGGCCCUCGUGGGCGCCAUCACGGCGGCCGUUGCCGACAACACGGCCGUGCUGGCCGCCCUGCUCGCCGCCGCGCCCACGCUCGACCAGGCGGCCAAGGGCGAGGCCCUCCUCGCCGCUGCCAAGUACGGCCGGGCCGACUACAUGCAGAUGCUGCUGGCGGCCGGUGCGGAUCCGAACGUCCGCGAGGCGGCCUACGGCAACACGCCACUCAUGCUGGCCGCCCUGCGGUCGUGCGCCAGCGCGGUCAAGGAGCUAAUCGAACGAGGGGCCGACGUCAACGCCCAGAAUCGGCUGGGCGACACGGCUCUGCACAAGGCGGCGGCCGAACCCGGAGCAUCGACGCAAUGCGUCGAAAUGCUGUUGGCGUGUCCCAGCAUCAGUCUAGUGCUGGCCAACAACAACGGGCAGAGUGCGCUGUGCCGGGCGAUCAACCGGGGCAACGUCGACGCGGUCCGGCUGCUGGUCCGAGCCGUGAAUGGGCUCGAGUCCGAUCUACAGAGAAGGGCCGAGAUAGCCCGCGCGCUGCUGUGUGCGGCCAGGGAGGACCAGCAGCUGCCCGCCCUGCAGGCCAUCCUGCAGGACGCCCCACCCGGUAGUGUGGCGCUGAGGGACGAGCUGGGCAAUACUGCGCUCCACGUCGCCGGCACUCGUUCGCCCGGUAACACCACUUCCAAGGCCGCACAUGCGCAAGCCCUCAUCGAGCACGGCGCGGAUGUGAACGCGACCAACGACGACGGAGAAACGCCGCUGCACACGAACGUGCAGCAGUCGGCAUCGUACGAAUUCCUGAAAUGCCUCGUGGACCACGGGGCCGACGUCACCGCCCGCGACGCCGCCGGCCGCUCCGUGCUCCACCGCGCCCUGCUCGCCCACUCCCUCCCGGCCCUCAAGCUGCUCCUGUGUGGCGUCAGCAAUGUUGCCGACACGAUCGACGCCGGCCUGGAGCUCACCGCCGACUCGCAGGGCGACUCGCUCCUGCACAAGCUGGCCCGCUCCGAGGAGUACGCGGUCGAGUGCCUGCCGCGAGUGGUCGAGCUUCUGGCGGCCCGCGGGGUGCAAUCGCUGCCAUGGAACCAACAGAACGGCCAGGGCUCGACCUGUUUGCACGUCGCCCUGCGACACCAGAACGCCGCCGCCGUGCAGUACCUGGUCGCGCUGCAGCCGGGGGUCGACAUCGAGAGCCUGGACCUCACCACCCUGCUCACGCUCGUCGAGCGGCGCGGCAUGGGCUGGAUGGACGCGCGCGUCAAGCAGACCAUCGUCGACGCGCGCGACCAGGACUCUGGUCACUCGCUCCUGCACAAGGCUGUCGUCAGCGGCUCACUCGAAGGGGUGGUGUUGUGUCUCGAGCUCGGGUUCGACGUCAACCAGGCCGUGGCUUCGGAGUUCGUUGAUGCCUACAGCACCGGCGGAACUCCGUUGCAUCUGGCGGUCGAACAUGACCACGAACCCAUCGUGCGCCACCUGUUGACCCACGGCGCCCAGGUGAACAGCCAGGAGGACUACCACAAGAACGCCCCGGUGCACGUCGCGGCGCGCGAGGCGCGGAUCUCGCUCCUGCGGCUGCUUCUCGCCUCGGGCGCCGAUCCGGCUAUCACAAACCGGCACGACGAGCGCGCGGUUGACCUGACCGAGAGCCCCGAGUGCGCGGCCCUGCUCCAAACCGCCAGCGCCACACGACAAGAAGACUGA